AUGAGGAGACUCCGGGCGCUCCGAGGUUUCUCUCCCGGCGAGGGAGCUGUUCGGUCUGACCCGGUGCAGACAGCUGAGGCCAGCAGAGCUGACGCUCGUCCUCUGGUUCUCUCCUUCCAGGUCUCUUCACUUGUGGAGGUUGCUGGUCCCGACCUCACGUUCUGGAGGAUGGAGGCCGGGCGACCGAGUCGGUCCCCGCAGCCGUCCCCACCUUUGCGGACCGUGUCGCUUCUCUGUCACACCGACUGCAAGACGCGGAGGAAAAGCAAGGCCAAGCUCUUCCCUUCUGGGCUGCGUCCCCAGGGCGACAGAGAGGAGAUGUACCGAGAGCUGGAGAGAGCUGUGCAGGACGAGGACGGCCGCUUGCCCAGCGCUGUCCUCAGCAGGGUGAUCGCAGCGGCGUCAAGGGACGUGAGAGAAGCGCAGGGCGUGACGGAGGACGUGCGGGCAGCUGCCAGCGACCUCCUGGUGGCUCUGGCACGCUGCCACUUUGACAGCGUCAUGUGCGAGCUCCAAAGCCACCUGAGAGUCCUGGGAGGGAUCUCGGAGGACUUUGUGUUUGUCACCCUGGGCAAGCUGGCCAGCAGCUACGCGCUGCGGUGCGUCCCCUUCAUUGGAAUGACGCUCUUCACCCUGCGCGCGAUGCUGAGCCGUGUGGGGAGCAGCCGGACCCUGCGCGCUGUCUGCGGCGUCCUGGAGCAGUGGUCGAAGGCCACAAACAGCUACCUGAGCCGCUGGGAGAAAUGUCCCUUCCCGCGCGUGGGGGAGGCCCAGUUCUGCAGCAGCGUUUACCCGCUCUUCUGCCACGUGGUCGGGAGCUGGCUGGACUGCGAGGAGGAGGAGGUCAAGCAGGCCGUCCUGGGGGCGAUGGCUGCCAUGAUGGGCCUCCUCCUGCACGAAGAGGAGCACCGUGAGCGGGUGUGGGAGCAGCUCCCCUGGCUCCUGGGCCAGUACCAGCAGGUCCAGGACACUUCCUGGGUGACCAAGGGUCUCCGUUAUUUUCUUGAAAUACUGGGAGAAGUGAAGAUCCCCGUCCCCAAGGCCAAGGUGCAGGCCAUCGGCACCGCUGUGCACAGCCAGCUCAGCGAUGAGACGAAGCAGCACAGCGGGGAGCACUGGUCGGAGCUGCGCUCCUGUGUCCUGCUGCUGGCCCGAGUUAGCCUGGAGGACACAGUGACGUUUCUGGGGUCACAGCUGGGGAGCAAGAGCGAGGCCGCCCGCGUGGUGUCCUUGGAUCUGCUCAGAGCCCUGGUGCGCCCUGCAGCAGCGGAGGGAGGACAGAGCCUGGCGCCGCUUGCGCGGGCGGUGCGGGGCGUGCUGAGGGACCCCGGCAGGGAGGUGGCGAGGGCAGUUCUGCGCUUCACCAAGGAGCUGCUCGGCUGCAGCGUCCAGAGCUGCUCGGCCUGGGAGCUGGUGGCCCACGUCUUCGCCAGGUUCAGCCAGGCCUCCGGCAGACUGGCGGAGGGAAACCUUUCGGAGGCAGAAGCACAGGAGGAAGCAGAUCUUCAGGCCCUGUGCUUGGACAUCCUGCACUCCCUGGAUGUCUCCAUCAAGGGGAUGAGCAAACUCUUGUGGCCGCGGCUCCUCCAGUACGUGGUGCCAGCCCAGUACACGGGCACACUGGUCCCGCUCUCCCGAUGCCUCCGAGAGCUGGCAGAGAGACGGGAGAGCGCGGAAGGCGAGGACGGAGAGGAGGAGCCCGAUGCUGCGGCCGCUCGGGAUCAAGCCAGGCUGCCAACGCCGCAGGCCCUGCUGGCUCGCCUGCUGGUGGUGGCGGCGGCUCCUCACGCCGGCGGCGGCUGCGGCAUCGCUGCCCUGCGGCUGCUGCAGGCCUUGUCCACGGAGAUCCACGGCGCCGUGGGCAUGGUGUGGGCCGUGAAGAUCCCCUUCCUGCUGGAGCACCUGGCAGAGAGAAGCGAGAGCUCCCUGGACUCUGCCGAGUGGGAGCAUUUUCUGCUUAAGUUCCUGAGGACGUCGCUGGAGACCAUCGAGAGCCAGGCCUGGACCAUGGCCUUCAGCUUCGAGCUGAACCAGCAGGCGGGCAGCUACUGCCGGCUCUCCCGGGAGCAGGCCUUCCUCUACAAGGCUGUCGGGGUGUCCCUGGCAGCCUGUCAGCACGUCCCCUACGUCCGCGGGGAAAUCCGGAAGUACCUCUUCCAGACAAACUAUUUGGAGGCGUCUGAGAGAGAGGCAAUGAUUUCUGUUGUCGCCGGCUCUGCUGAGAGCCACUUCCCCCUCGCCUUGGAGGUGGUGCACGAGUUUGGGGCUACAAUGGAGGAAAGACCAGUGUCCGGGGCUUUCAGACGCCUCAAGGAAUACCACCAGGGCAAGAGAGCGGGGACGCACACGGCGCUGGUGCUGGCCUACGGCCGGAUGGCGCUCUGCGCCCCCCGGGAGCAGCUCCUGGCCUGCGUCGAGAGCGACGUCGUGGGGCCCAUCCUGCGGCACUACCGCGCCAGCUGCCAGGUGCUGGGCUUCACCUUCUCCACCAAGGACGUGCAGCUCAAGCUGGCGCUGGUGCGGAGCGUCGCCGAGGUCAGCCGGGCCAUGCAGGGGGCGGGGGGCUCCCAGCGCGCGGAGCUCUGCUGCAAACGGGAGCUGCUGAGCGUCCUGCUGGGCUUCGUGAGGGCCGAGCCCCGGGAUUGCCUGGCGUCCCCGGUGCGCCAGGAGGCGUUUCUGGCCGUGGGGCACCUGAACAAACUGAAGCCGUCACUGAGCCGAGAGGAAAGCCGCGACCUCCUGGAUCAGUGCCUGCAGAGCGUGAUGCCCCUGCCUGCCCUGGAGCCGGCGGAAGAGGAAGGGGCGACAGCGGCGGGCGCUCUGCACCUGCGGGCUCUGCACGCUCAGACCAUGGGGGCGCUGGGCGAGCUGGUGACGGCGCUGCUGGAGGAAGACCUCACCUCCGGCUGGCUCGCGGAGAUGCUGCACGUGCUGGAGUACUGGCUCAUCUCGGCCCGCGAGUGGGAGCGGGAGAGGGCCCUGCAGGCCUGCGCCCAGCUGCUGGGCGCCUACGAGGAGCGGUUCGAGCUCACGGGAGAAAAUUCUUUCGGGCUCUUUGGCUCCACGGUGGGACUGCUGGCGCCUUUCGUCUGCGACUCGCUGGCCACGUCCCGCCAGCGGGCAGGCGCCUGCCUCGGCCACCUCCUCCGCAUACAAGGCAAGGCCCUGGAGACGACGGCCGAGGAGGACGAGGUGCAGUCCCUGUGCCAGCGGCUGCGAGCCCCCGACGCCGAGGCUCUGCUCCAGGCGUCCUCCAGACUCUCAAAGAUCGUUUGCAAAUACAUCCCCCCGGCGCAGGCGGCGGAUUUCGUUUCUGCCGCCCUGGACGGGAUGCUGUCGGCGAGGGCGGCGUGCGCUCAGGGAGCUGGCGAGUGGCUGCUCGCCUUCCUGGAGACGUGCGGGGGACAGCUGCUCAUGCAGGUGCCGGAAAUCCUGAGCAUCAUCUACAUCCGGAUGCCGACCAUGCAGCAGGACACCCUCCGCGGCCUCCUCUUCAAGGCGGUGUCCCUGCUCGCCCACUACCACCCCGGGGCCGUCAUCGACAGCCUCCUGCACAAGCAGCUGCCCGUGGACAGUGAAACCGUGGAGCUGUGGGGGGUCCUGGGGAGGACGUUCGUUGCCGGCCAGCUCCUGGGGGUUUUGAUGGAGAAACUGAAGGACUCGGGAAGCGACCGGCCCGGGACCAGCUCCGCCAAGCCCGAGGCAGACGACAGCCAGGCUGCGCUGGAGCCUCUCAAGAUCACCCGCGCCAUCUUCGAGGUGGUGUCAACGCUGCAGAGCCCGGAGGCUGUGCAGCACCUGCUCCCGGAGCUGCUCCCGGUGCUCCUGCAGCAGAUCAGCGCCACGCUGGGAAAGGAGAUGCCGUUCUCCAAAGUCAGCGGCCGGGGAAAGCUGUUCCUGAAGGGACACACGAGCGACGACAAUCCGUGCAGGCUUUCCCUGGAGACCUUGGAGGCGGUGCUGCGCGCGUGCCUCCACGGGGGAUGGCUGUGGCUGCUGAGGAAGCAGGGAGCCUGGGCUGCGCUGGAAGACCCCCGGGCUCACCACGACGGCGUCUGUCUGCUGACGGGCGUGCUGCUCCGCGCCGGCGUCGUCUCGCUGCCCGUGGUGCUGGUGGUGACCCAGUGGCUGGACUCCCCCUCGGCCAACCGGCGGGUCAUGGCCGCGGCCUUCUGCGCCGAGCUGAUGAAGGCACCAGUGCCCUGGGAGAGGAGGUGCCUGCAGCCGAUCGUGGGGGCCCUGCUGCAGAAGUCGCGGGACCCGAGCGGGACCGUGCGGCAGAUGGCAGCGCGCGGCCUCGGCAAUCUGGCCCGCGGCACGCCGGAGACGCUGCGCGAGCACAGGGGAGCCGUGGUGGCGGCGCUGCGGAGCGGCCUGGAGCCCAGGGUGGCAGCGGCGGUGGCGGCAGAGAGCCUGCUGGCGCUGGCCAGGGUGGCGGAGGAGCUGCGGGGGAAGGGCCUGGGCGCCUCCUUCAGAGACCUCGCCAGGGACGCAGCGGCCUUCUUCAACGCCGAGGAGGCGGCGCUGCGUGCGGCAGCCUUCACCCUGUACGGGGCGCUGGCGGCCUCCGCCUCGAGGCGGUGGAGGCCGUUCUUGGCCGAGGAGCUGGGGAGCACGUGGGCCAGCCUGGUGCUGCACCUCGGGGACCCGGACCCAGGCGCCUGCAGGGUGUGCCGGGGCGCGCUGCAGCUGUGCGUGCUGCUCCCAGGGCUGCAAUGGCUGCGGCAGAGCAUCGCCGUGGGCGUGGGGCUGAGCGCGGCCGAGCUGCUGGACAUCUGCGGGCAGCUGGCCUGGGAGAGCCUCGAGCACCAGCAGGCGCUGUACGUCGCCGCCCGGCGCUGCUUCCUGCAGGGCUGCGGGGAGGUGCGGGCCGCCGGCCUCCAGGUGGCUGGGGUCCUCGUGGCGCACGCAGGCACCGUGUGGCUGACGGCGGAGGAGGCGAUGCUGCUCGGGGCAGCGCUGCGGGUGCUGAGGCGCGACGCGGACCCGCGGGUGCAGCAGGCGGCCGCUCGGCUGCUGCAGGACACGGGCCUGGACCAGCUGCAGCGGCGGCGCUGAAAUAAAGUCGGGGCGGCGGCAGGGCAGAGCAGG